AUGGGCACGGAAGUGCUUACGCCAGAAGGCUUCCGCGCCGACGGCCGCCGGGUCCACGAGCCCCGGGGCCUCCAAUGCUGCGUUGGCAGUGGUGGCCGGGGCGAGGCUGAUGGCUAUGCAGUCUUCGAGCUUGGCAGUACAAAGGCGGAGUCUUAA